AGUUUUUAUUGAUGGGGAUGCUGGGUUAGACGCCUUUCGGGGGUUCAUAUUGAUGACUCGGUUUUUAUCAUGUGAAAUUGACUGAGGGGAUUUCGCCGGGGAUUAACAUUUUUUGGUUUCAUCCCCCAGUUUGAAGCGAUUUUUUUAGUGUUGAACCGGUUCAAUUUACUAAUUAAAAAACCGCCAUUAGCGGUGAUGAAUAAUUCAUAGAACCGUGAAAUUAUUCCCAUUCAGUUUCACUAAUGAACAAAUUUUUGUGAUUUUAAUUGCAAUUGUUAAUCAGUUAGGGGGUGAGAAAUGAACAAAUUUCAUUUCGAUCUGAUUUCGGGGAAAUUCUGGCCUUUCAAAGGGCGGGUAAAUGGUGACUUUUGGUCGUGAAAUGGUGGGGUAAAUUUGGCAAUUCAUUAGGGUUUGAAAAACCAUCAAUUAUCCACCCCAACAAUUUCCACAAAAGUGAGGCAUAAAAAAAGUUCUUUUCUCCCCAACUGUACAGUGAUAAUGUAACAGAUAAAGUGUUGGACACUCUCGCACAUCGGUUUUUACCCCCUUUAAUCUCUCCAUGAGAUCUGAAAUAAUUGUUUUUUACUUUAGUAAAGUGCUUUCAGGGGUAAUUUUUUUUUUUUACCUCCAAUGUCUAAAAUGGAGUGAUGAAUGAUGGAGCAGUUGUGGGAAUAUUGAACGAGGACUCAUGGAAGGGACAAAGAGGACGAAAAAUCCAUCACCAAAAAAUCAAAAUGACCACGAAAUUGAGUUAAAUAACUGAGGAAUUGAAAUGUGAAUUGUGGGGUUUGAGAGGACGUUUUUUUUCAUUUUUCAUUUUUCGAUAAAAAUAAAACGCCCGGCGAUUGGAAAUUCCGGGGAGGGGUAGAUGCGAGGGCUUUUUUUUCUGAGUCUUUUUUUAUGACUGAUGGAGUAGUCGAUUUAAUAGUGGAAACGCCGCCAUUGCUGGAGUGGAAAAGCGGAAAGAAGAGGAGAAGAAAAGCUACCCCUCGCACUUCACAGACCCGAUAUCACCCUUGGGAGUGAGCUAACCGUUUGAAAUAGUGUACGUGUGUGUGCAACAAGUUAGGAAAGAGAACUGACGUCAACUUGGAUGAAAUCGAAUCCACAAUGUGACAUGGAUGUCCUAGCUAUAUUCUGCAUACUUAUUGCUACUGUCCUCUAUUAUAAUACAUUUUAUGCUGGGUUCGUCUACGAUGACAGACGAGCAAUUUUAACGAAUCCCGAUCUACUUCCAAACUCCCCAUGGUUUCCACUGUUGGAAAAUGAUUUUUGGGGCACACCAUUACGUGACAGUGAGUCCCAUGGGAGCUACAGGCCCCUCUGCGUUGCGACAUUUCGACUGAAUCAUCUUCUCGGUGGGCUCAAUCCUCGGGGAUAUCAUCUUGUCAACAUUGGGUUACAUGCUGGAUGCACCGGCCUCGUUGUGAGGGUGGCCAGGACUGUAAUACCAGGACGAUGGUUAUCGCACGCGAUCACGGGUCUGUUGUUCGCUGUCCAUCCAAUUCACAGUGAAGCUGUUGCUGGUAUUGUUGGACGUGCUGAUUUGCUCGCCUGUUUUCUAACGCUCGCCUGUUUUCUAACCUACGUUGCACACUGCGAUCAAACUCGUUCACCACUGAUGCUCUUCAUAGCCCUGACGUCGUCAUUGCUAGCUGCACUUGCCAAGGAAACUGGAAUAUCCUCACUUGCUCUCUGUUUACUCUGGGAAUAUAGUCAUGGAGAGUCAAAUACGCAAAAGGAACGUGAAAGGACCUGGCCACGCAACCGUAGCGUGGGAAUUCUGUGGAGUGGCCUAUUCCUGACGAUCCUUGGAAGAAUAAAAAUUGGAAACGCAACCCCGGAGUUUGCCAGUGCGGAUAAUCCAACAGCACGUCAUCCCUCCCGAUUGACCAGGACCCUGACAUUCCUGUACCUACCAGCAGCGAGUCUCCGAAUGUUUUUAUGCCCCAGUACAUUGAGUUUUGACUGGUCAAUGGACACAAUUCCAAGGAUAAUAUCCCUGACAGAUCCAAGAAAUUUGGAGUCCUUUUGCCUGUACGUGGUGCUGGUGACAGCGGGUCUGUGGACUGUCCAGCAGUCCAGGAUUGAGAUUUACGUGAGAAAUCGAACGAUGGAGAAGACAGGAUCACUCGUCAGGGCGUCUUCCAGGUGCUCAGUCUGCGAUAAUCGAAAAAUUGGGGGAUGUCAUACUGAGGGAUGCAGAGUUGCCAAUAACAACAAUAACAGUGACAGCGUUGACUGCUGCUGUUCAUUGAAACCGAGUCCUGCACAUGCUGAACCUGUUGCCAGAUUUGGAAGGACUAAGUCAGUGACAAUUGUCAUCAUAUCGUUGGGCUUCUUGGCGCUGCCGUUCAUUCCUGCUAGCAAUCUUUUCUUUUAUGUUGGCUUCGUCAUCGCUGAGAGGAUUCUGUACCUCCCGAGUGUUGGAGCUUGUCUGUCGAUAGGAGCCAGUGUUGCUGAGACUUACAGGAUCGUCAGACAUGGAUCCAGGACUUGUGGAAGGCUUAUUCUGGGGGUCACCAUGGUUCUCCUAUUUUUUAUGGCUGCGAAGACUCUCAGGAGGAACAUGGAUUGGCACGAUGAGGAAAGCCUCUAUCGAUCUGCUCUGCAUGUCAAUCCACCGAAGGCAUACGGAAAUCUUGGUGGUAUACUCAGCAGCCAAGGGCGAUUUGCUGAAGCGGAAGAAGCAUUUAUCCAGGCCCUCCGUUAUCGACCUAAUAUGGCUGACGUACACUACAAUUUGGGAAUUCUGCACCAGGCGAGGAGGAAUUAUGACGAGGCCAUAUUGAGUUACCAACGAGCUAUUAAUUUUCGACCUUCUUUAAUACAGGCUUACGUGAAUCUCGGAGUGACCUUAAUAUCUGUUGGACGUAAAAUCGAAGCUGCCGACAUACUACGUACAGCAGCAUCAGUUAAUGGAGCAGGACUUAAAGACAAAAGAGUCCAUGAAGCUGCUAGAAUCCAGGCCCUUUUACGUUUGGGUUCAUUGCAGACAGAUGAUGGACAUCUUCAUGAAGCAAUGUUAUCAUACAGGGAAGCACUCCAGACUCUGCCGGAGUAUUAUCCACCCCAGGCGGUCUAUAACUUGCUAGGCGAGACCUUGUCAAAGAUGCAGGAGUACGCCGAGGCAGAGAGAUGGUUUCGUGCUUGUCUCGUCCGAGAACCCAACUAUAUUCCAGCUCAUAUUACUUAUGGAGAGUUACUUGCCCGUAAUUCCAGUCGUGUGUUGGAGGCUGAGCGGUGGUUCGUCAAGGCUACGAGACUCGCCCCGCGUGACCCCAAUGUACAUUAUCGCUAUGGAAUGUUUUUGUCAUCCCAAAAUCGAUUCCUCGAGGCCGCUCGUGAACAGUUAAAAGCAGCUGAACUUGCUCGCUCUGAUUACGAGCUAUCAGUGGCAGCAGCAUCAGCUCUUCGUCAUGCUGGACGUCAUGACGAGUCUGAGACGUGGUACAAGCAUGCAGCAACCCUGAAGCCCAAUGAAGCAACGAGUCAUACUAAUCUUGGAGCAAUACUCCACGUCAAUGGAAAAUAUCGUCAAGCAGCAGCUGCAUAUCGUAAAGCCCUACGUUUACAGCCAAAUGAUCCAACGACAAUUACAAAUCUCUACAAAUUAAUGGCGCUUAUAACGUGACCCUCGAUGGGGGAUCCCCUGUCCCCCUUCAUAAAACCUCAUAUUUCGGAAGGGAGGCAAAACGCUAUUGAUCCGUUUUGUUUUACUGAACCAAGCUUUAAUGGUAAAUUUUCAUUCUGGUAUUUAUUUGAUAAAUUGUUUGCCUACUAUUCAAUAAUAAUCAUGUCCGUGCAUAAAAUCAAGAAUCGAUGGCGUUCAAUUCAUCCAUACUGCCUGCUAUACUACAUGUAAGAGAAUAAAGCUUAGUUUAUUUUUCUCUAAGAUCACGUGUGUUUGUUUUUAUAAAUUAUUCGUGUGUUGUUUGUGGAGAACAUAUUGUUGGCUAAUUGUUUUAUCGAUUUUUUCAUUUGCGCUGAACCGUUAGGUCUUCAUGCUCAUUAAUUAUUGGAUUAAAACGUUGUGCGUUCGGUUGGUUGCAAUAACAAUUGUUUAUUUUUCAGUUCUCACAUUUGUUCCAUUUUUUGUUAUAAAAUUUGCGUUCAAUUGUGGAGAGUCAUGAGGGACGUUGAAAUUCUUUCAUCUUCAUGGGUUGAAAAAUAAUGAUUUAUUUGUAUUUUGGGUGGGUUUUUUAUGUGGAUUUUGAUUGUGGUUAAUGUAAUUAUUAACGUAUUCGGUAAAUAGAUGAUAAAUUACUGAAAAAUAGUAGCUGUUAGACAAUCCCACGAUAAUUUUUAAAUUAUGGCUUUUAACUGACAAUAAUACAUUUUUAUACCGGUGCUAAACAUGAAAUUAAUAUUUAACAUAUUUAUUUGCCAGUUAUGCAAUGCUAGGUGGGUAAUUUUCAAUAAUUUAGUUUAUUUAUUUUGCUUUUUACGUAAUAUCGAAGGAAUUUAACGAAGAUGUGAAGAUCAUUCUCUUUGAUUGCAAAUUAAACGAAUUUUACGACUGUAGCAGACGAGAGAUUUUUUUAAUCAGAUUUUGACAAAUAUCUAGUCUAUAUCUUAAUACUUUGGAAUUAUAAUUUAAUUAAAUGCCUUGUUUGCAUUUUUCUGAAACUCAUUUAGGCGCUAAUGACGUUUAUCGUUUAAUGGGGUGAAGAGAUUUAUCGGAAUUUAUGAAAAAUUAUAGUGAGAGAUAAUGAUGAUUCUCUUUACUAUAUUUUAGGACAGUCAAAAUUUAUCUGUAAGUAAAUGGUAUAUUAAUAUUACAGAUGUACAUACCACGACAAAAUUUUCAUUCCAAAACAUGUUUGUUGGAAGAACAUUUUAUUUCUUUAUUCAUUUUCUUUGAAAUCCUGAGAUUUGGUACAAGUGGGAACCAAAUUGCAUUCACACACAUUUACUUUGUAUUGUUUAAAUAUUUCACGAUAGCGUGAAAUAUUUCAUUCAAUUGAUCAACGAAAUCGUAUUACGUCUUUCAUACAGAUUGUUCUGUUCAAAAAAUUGUAUUUUAUCAACAGAAAAGUGUUGACUUCUGUCAAAUUAACAGGAAAUAGGACUAGAUACUAGAAUUUGUAUUACUUUUUUUACUACCUCUUGCAAGGCACAUUCAAAUGAAAUUCAUGUAAACUCGGGUUCAGUGAUAACGGGUGUGCCUGCCUCGUUUCCCCCCGAAAAAAUGAGUUUUUUUUUAUUCUUCAAUAUUAAAAGUUACUGAAAAAAUUGUA